AUGGCCGACGUGCCUGCCACUCAACCCCGAACCCGCUUGUGGGAACGAGCCAUCGCCUUCGAAAGCCGUUGCCUCAAGAAGCUGACGGGACCCAAACAACAAACCGGAAAGGCCUAUGUUCUCAGACUUUCCAUCGACUUACUCCAAGAGAUCAUCGGCCAUCUCGAUCUUCUAAGCCAAUUCAUGUUCUCGCAGACCUGUCGUGCCGGCCGCAUUCUCACACAAAAAGACUGGAAAGAUGCCUCGCUAGCUCUCCCCGAGACUGAACGAAUCUCGUUCUGGGCCGCGGUGGCAUACAGACUGCCGAACCACUGGGCUUGCGCGCGCUGCUGCGGACUGCACGAAACGGACCGUUCAGACACGCCUUGGAGCCAUCGAUCACCGCCAUGCCAGCAGGGAGAAGCCCUCGACACCCUAGGCCGAUCCUACAAGCUCCGACACACCCACAUCGAACUCGCGCUCAAGUUCAGGCGCAUGGGCACCAACGCAGGCUACCUCUCUGAGCUCCUGGAACCUUGCGUAUACAUAGCAGACCGAGAAGGUCCAUCUUGGAAAUCGGGUUCACCAAAUGUGACUCGCCAUACACCGAGAAUCAUCAAAGACAAAUUCUAUUUACAAGUAGUCAAGGAGUUCCAUGGAAUAGCAACGCUCCACGAGAUUCGCUCUUUCAGAAUCUGCCGACACCAGCUGUUCCCGUGGUGGUACUGGGGCAUCGUAGACUGGAGCGCGUUUGAGAAGACUGUCGAGGCGGCUUGGAAUAAUCCAGGAACUGUGCACGAUGGGGAUUGCCAAUGUUGCCCUGUCGACUACUCGAUCUUGCGCGAGGGAGACGACCUGCGCGUGACGUUGUGGUAUGACUUUGGCACGGGAAAAUCCCCGAGGGGCUUGGACUGGAUGGUACACCUUGGCGACGAGAACGAUAUCUACAGCGACGGUCUUCACGUCAACAGCAAAGAGCAUGAGCAUGGAAGCAUUCGAAAACUGUUUCAACAGAGCUCAUUCGGUCACAUGGUGCGAGGUUUGCUACGUGUUAUGGUACGGAGCCCACGGCAGUUCUGCAAGACGGCACGCAAGGCCAUAGUGGCACACAAGCUAGGACACGCUUGA